GUGUAGCGUUGGUUGAGCCUUUGAUUGAGGACUCAGAGACAGACAGAACAACAAGUGAGAGUGAGAGAGAGAGAGAGAGAGAUUUUAUCGUUUUAUAGACUAUGAUUUUUUUUUGGGGGGUUGAAUAUUUAUUUCAGGAAAAAAAUUGCAGUAGAAGUAAAAAUAAAGACAAGAAAAGCUAGUGUUGGGGCCAUGGCGAGCCAUAUUGCACACCCACCUUUCCUUUUAUACUUUUGCUCAAGUUUUCCUUCCUCUUUACUACUACUAAUACUAUUGUCAACACCUUUUUGGCUCCCAAGAUCUCUUGAGUGCCCAUUUUUCAAAAAGGGUCUGUUUUGGACCCUUUGGAGCCUAUUCUCUGGAGUAUGUUGAGUUAAACACAGAUUCUUCAUAGCAGGGAUGGGUUCUGGACAUUGGUUUAAGACGAUAAUCGGCUCAAAGAAAGGGAAGCGCGGCAGUUCAAAACAAGUAAAGGGAUCCUCAGUUUCUGCAAAAUCAACAAAUCCCUUUAAAUCGAAGAAUCACUCAUGGUUUGCCAAUGGCGCUAACAGUAGAAAUCAUGGGUUACUUGGGAUGCCAGUUGAGGAUAUCGCUGCUACAAAGAUUCAGACUGCAUUCCGAGCUUACAUGGCUAGGAAAACUUUACGUCGUUUGAAAGGAGCAGUAAGACUACAAAUCAUAGCCCAAGGUUAUUCUGUUAAGAAGCAAGCUACAACAACAUUGAUCCAUCUUCACUCUUGGAGCUAUAUACAGACCCAGAUUAGAGCUCGCAGACUUUGCAUGGUAACAGAAGGUCGGCUUAGACAGAAGAAACUUGAGAAUCAACUGAAACUUGAGGCAAAACUUCAUGGCCUAGAGGUGGAAUGGUGUGGUGGCUCUGAAACGAUGGAGGAAACUCUUGCAAGGAUACAUCAGAGAGAAGAUGCAGCAGUUAAGCGGGAGCGAACCAUGGCAUAUGCCUUUUCUCAUCAGUGGAGGGCCAAUGCUAGUCAGAUCCAUGGGCUGGGUAAUUAUGAACUUAAUAAGACUAAUUGGGGUUGGAGCUGGUUGGAACGCUGGAUUGCUGCCCGCCCAUGGGAAAGCCGUGUCCCUGCUAAGUCUAUUAGCCCAAAGAAACCCCAGAGUAGGCAGUCUAGCAAGGUUGGUAGGAAUGUAAUUCCACUGACACCUAAAACAUCUGUUUCGGUCAAACUUCCUUUAACCAAUGGAAAGGGAACCACAAAGGCCCGGAGAUUGUCUUACCCUGCUGGUGGAAAACCACCUGCACAAGAAGAGAGCAACAAAGCUGAAGAGGCAAACAGUAAGAAAGAACAGUUGGUUUCCUAGCAUCAAGCUGAUAAUGGAAAUAGAAAUUGUCUAUUGGAUUUUCAAAUACUUGAAAUGUGGAAAUGCGAUGGAAAAUCCAUUUGUUGAUUAUGUGUCAUAUUCGAUGUUGUGCAUCAGGGAGUGAAUGGACUACUACGCUUUGGCCAGUGGUAAAGAAUAAUUGGAAAGACCUGUAUAUGGGACUGACCUAGUUAUCAUUUCUUGUUUCUUAUUAUUUCUUUUCCCCUAUAUUGUAUAGACUAAAAGAAAGACAAUCUUAUUUAUAAUGUAGAUAUAUAUAUAUAUAUAUAUAUAUAUAUAUAUAUAUAUAUAUGUUGUUGAUGAUUUCGUAGAA